AUGUCGCAAGACGAGCAGCCUAGCACGGGAGCUACCUUAAUGCUCACCCCGGCGGCAACCCCUUCUUGGAUGGUCACAAGCGCUCGAGAGGAUCCACCAACGUUCGCUGGGGUUCGUGGUGAAGACGCUGAAGACUGGCUGGAGGAGUAUGACCGCGUUCUCGGCCGCACUUCCGGCGCAGAGCACCGCAUCGAAACGGACGGCAGCUCCAUUGUACGCCGCCGCCCAUACUGCGCGUCUUCGGCGGAACGGCACAUCAUCGAGGACAACGUCGCCGACAUGCUCAAACGCGACGUCAUCCGACCUUCGUCCAGCUCUUCGUCAUCUCCUGUGGUGUCGGUCCGGAAAAAGGACGGCUCUUUUGCCUCGUGUCCACGUGACGACCCCUAUUGCGACCGCGUCAUCGGAUACCUAAGUGGCACGUCUUCUCUACCUAAUGCCCGACUACGUCGUCAGCUAAAGCGGUUCAAGCUGGAACACAACGUGCUGCAUCGCUAUACUUACAACACCGAUGGACAUCGAUACACCUUUGGCCAGCCUGUCGAUGGAACCCUGACAGUGAAUGUAACGUACGAGCACUACGGCUGGGAGAAGGAUGACUGCCCCAGGAUCAACCACACGGGACCCAUCAACGGCUGCUAUGACAUGGUUGUUAACACGACGCUGCUUCGAUGUAACGAGAACUACAGGGUUCACAGGCGCAUCUCGCUCGUGGCGCAAGUGAACGAGACCGGCACUGGUGUGACGAUGAACAUGACCAACUUCAUCAGUCGCAGCUUUAACCCGCUCGAGCUCAACUUCUUGGAUGGAGAACACGGAAAGAAUUACUUCAAGCCUACCAUGCCUUUCUACGGCAGGCUUCUCGUCAAGAAGCCCGACGGGAUUCCUGUGGGCGGAGAGCUCGUGCAGCUUUGCUUGCUUGAGCAGUCCGAGGAGAUUAAGUCACGCUGGGGGUAUACCGAUCGCCGUCUCAGCUGCAAGAACUACACUUCGGAAGUGUCCGGUAUCAUCAAGUUCACCAUCCGGCCGCUCAAGACAAGCGUGGUCACCAUCAGCAUCGAGGCGGUGGCGAUGAACUACGAGACCGUGAAGUACAGCACGUACGGCGUGGAGAUCAACCAGCCAAAGAGCACGCUCCGCCUCCAGGCCUGGUACUCGCCUAGCAGCAAUUUCAUGCAGCUCGAGCCGUCGAAGGGCCCCAUUCCGUGCGCGGGAAAACACUCCGUGCGCUUGCGAUACACGGGAGAGCCCGAGACGCAGAAGCGGUUGCACUUCCAGAUCAUGGCUCGUGGUAAGAUACUCAAGGACAAGGUCGUGGAUGUUGCCUUCAACCCUGACGCCAGCUUUUUGGUGGAGGAAGACUUGAACGCGAUGCUUCCGAGCAAUAUGGCCGGAAGCCCAAUGUCGACGGGCAGCUUCGAGUUUGAACUCGAACCGGACUACAGCUACGUGCCCCGAGUUAAAGUGCUGGCCUUCUAUGUCCGCCCCGACGGCGAGGUCAUCGCGGACUUUGAACAGUUCGAAGUGGAAAAGUGCCUCGAAAACAACGUGACAAUGAGAUUCGGUUCAGAGGUAGUCCAACCAGCGACAUCCGCUGCCAUCCACUUGUACGGCUCUCCUCACUCCUAUUGCGGUGUGGGCAUUGUGGACAAGAGCGUUCACCUUUUGAAGCAGGACAAUCAGCUGACGAAGGACAAAGUAUACAACAUCCUGCAGAGUCUGGACAUCACCCGAUACACGCGGUCGAGGCGGGUGUCCUACUUCUAUUGCCGAAGGCAAC